UUGGAAGCCUUUUGCGGAGGGGCAAGCUGAGAUGUGAGAGGCUACGAUACUGGAGGAGCGGGAUGGACGGCAUGGGCUGCAGCGCGCUCCUCCGAUGUACGCAGAAGGUGUGCAUCCGGAAAUGUCCGUGGUGUUGACGUGCAGAGGGAGUGCUGAUCCAAGUGGUCAGGCUGAAGACAACUGGGCGCAGGGCGAGAUGGAGAGUUCAGGGCACUGUGGCACAGUAAGUACAGCCAGGUCCAGCUGGUCGGCUUCUCCGGGUUCCGAACGCAGUUACUGGGCUCCAAGCGAGGCGCCUCAACCGCCUCUGUCAAUUGAUAGAUCGAAUUCGAACCUGGCAGAUGGCCAUGCCACACUCAUAUUAGACAAGAUGAGGCAGUCUUGUGCACCCGGGAGCGACCAAGCUAGCUGGGACUGCAUCGCCGACGCUUCAUUGGGUAAGCAGAGUCGGCUUCAAGGGCAAGCUUAUGCAGCCCUCAGGCUGCUCUGGACGCAAAAGCGGGUACUGAACCUGGAGUCUUUGUGCUCCUCAACACCAGCCAGGUCCUGUUGGUGCGUCCAAGGACCCCUCGUUACUAUCGUGCUCCGGGAGCUAGACUAGAGCGGGUGCCAGGUGGGCGUGCCUGGAUCGUACCCGGCAUUGUUUGGAAUAUCCAUCCGCGGGAAGAGUUCACGCCCCUCUUACCAAUAUUCCCCAAACGAGAUUCAAGUCCUAUGGCGCUCCCGCUUGUGCUACCA